AAUAUUUUUAUACGCAGCAUUUCAAUUCAGAACUAUAUUUAUUUGAUUACAAUAUAAAGGCACCAUAUCAUUUAUUAAUAAAUUCUCUUUUGACGUUUAAGGAAUUAGUGUUCAUUUAAAUCAAUAUUUAAGAAAAGGCUUAUUUAUUUCUUUUUUAUUUUCACUCGAUUAAUCGUGGUAAUCAAUCUCGCAGGGCAUUGUCAACGUCAAUUGUGUAUUAAUAAUCUAUAAUCUCGGGGCCUAAGCGUUCGAAUUAUCUGACAUUUGAACGUUUGUUUUAGGCAGCGUUUAAAGAUUGGAAUUUGCUUGACUUCUAAACAAAAUCUAUAUGCUAUACUAUACAUAUACAAUGCGAUUGGAUACACUGGUUGAAUAGGCUUGAAUGUCGAGUUUAAACACCUUUGAAGUUUAAAAAAAAAGUGAAAUUGAUCGUGGAUUGGUUCUAAGGCACUGGAAUGUUUGACUGCAUUUCUUGUUUCGCUUCACUGUUAAAGAAAGGUAACAAUUUUAACAGUUUAUUGUUACAUGUCUGAAAAUGGAAAUAUGUAUAAAUACGUCAGGUUAUACUGUGGUCAGUUUAUUUAUAAUAAAAUAGUUAGAAGGAGUUAAUGGAAAAUAAUUAAGAAAAGUCAACAAAGCAAGAAAGAUGAGUCAUCUGGCCUUUUGGAGCAAGAAUGACCUUCCAGAUAUGAGGCUUUCCGGUGACAGAAUGCACGGGUCUAUGGAUACCCAGGGCCCGAGACUUCAGACGUCAGGGAAUAUAAGACAUUUGCAGAAACACAGAAAGCUGGCAAAGUCAAGUUUGAACACAUCUGUAACCAUGGAUGUUGAAGUCGACAACGAUCUUCAAUGUCCAAUUUGUCUAGAACUUUACACAUAUCCCAUAAUUCUGCCUUGCUCGCACGUGCUGUGUCGGUCGCCAUGCGCAGAACAACUGUUUGAUUUCAACUUUAUACGAUGUCCGGUUUGUAGGGACAAUUGCUAUGUGAGCGGAGGAAUUUCAAGUUUACCAAGAGUUAUAGCCCUUGAAAAUAUCAUAGAGCGGUAUAAAACGGAACAGAAAAAAGAAAAACCGUCUACAACAAAAUCGAACUCUAAGCAGACGACAAAUAGUCCUCAGGCAAAUCAAUCGGAUACUAAUGAAAAUCUUGCUAAAUCUUUAUCUUUAUUAAAUAGUAGUGUAACAACAUUAUCAUCCCUAACAGAAUCUUUCAAGACUGGUUCAGAAAUUAAGUGUCAAAAUUGUAAAAGUGCUACAAGAAAACGCGCGAAAAAGUAUUGUUUGACAUGUGAAAGUAAUUUCUGUGCAACUUGUUUGCGACAAAACCAUCCGAACAAAGACCCGUUCACUGAUCAUGAGUUUACAGAGCCAAAAGAACAUUCAUCCAAUAAAGUUUCGUCAAAAUCUACCAGUAGUAACGCUAGUGCAACACCCGGUUCUACUUACAGAGACAUUAUUGAUUGUUAUUGUACAUUAUGUGCUCAGCCAUUUUGUUCCGGUUCCGACGAUAGACUGGUACACAAUAGUCAUUCAGUGUUACCAAUCGAAAACGCCUAUAAGGAAUUCAAGAAUGCUAUUGAGGAAAAUGCAGACAAACUCUCCAGCAGCCAGGCCAAAGUUGUCACCAGUCUUAAAGACUUAAAAGAUGGCCUUAAAGAUGUGCAGCACGUGUUAUCGAGACGUAGGGACGAGAUUAACGUGCAGUGUGAUAUGUUGCUCGCGGAAAUUGAGAACAAAAGAAGUUAUUUUCUUGCCGAUCUCGAAUACGAAGAGAGAAUUAACUCAAACAGCAUCGAAGACAGUAUCAAGAGACUUGAGAAAGUUCUCGGGGCUUCGCAAGGUCUGCAGGGAUACGUCAAAGAUGUUCUGUCCUCGGAGAAGGCGCCAUUCUUAGAGAUUGCAAGCACAUUAAAUGAACGCGUUCAGAAAGCGACUCGUGACUGUGAGAGCGCGAGCACCGUGUUGCCAUUGGAUACGGAUAAUUUAAAUUACAAGGUCGUCGACUGCAGGAGAGAAAAGGUGCUACUCAACGAACUUCAUUACCUCAGUCCGCCAUCAACUCCUAUCGUGGACGUGACUCGGUGUUCACGGAGUGAGAGUACUGUGGUCCUAGCGUUAUGUCCACCAACAAAUGUACACGAAGUUGUUGACCAGUAUGAAGUCCAUUUCUGCUCCGAGGAACAAAAGAACGUAGAAUUAGAGGAAACAGUUCUUGUGAAGAAUUCUGUAGAAGAUAGUUCAUCCACAAAGAUCUCAGCAAACGCUUCCGGUGUCCUGGUGCUACUCCUAGAAAACCUGUGUCGAUCAGCCACGUAUUACUUCUGUCUUUCCGCCAGUAACUUAGCGGGAAAGUCCGGAAGUUCGGAAGUGGUACAAUGCACAACUUUAGCCGACGGAGAGAACGUUAUACCCGCCCCUUCUAUAACAGAGAGACUUUGCAAACGGUUUACUUCGUCUAUUCAAAUAUUUUCAUCGAGUCCGGUAGAUGUCGCUGCGGAGCAGAAGAUAUCCCACUUCCUGUUAUAUCGUCAACCAUCUCAAAAUCGUGUUUGGAAGUGUGUGUCAAUGUACGGACGCGAGGAGCACCGAGUAUUUGGACUGGCUCCCAGCACAGAGUAUGAAUUUGUAAUCCUAGCAUAUAAUCAACGCGGAGAGUGCCAACUGUCUAACAAAGUGCUUUUGCAAACGGAGUCAUCGUCAAGUUUUUAGAUUUGGAAUAGUCCAGCAAGUAGCUUUAUUUAGCUUCAAAAUUGAAAAUAGUACAAACGCGAUACUAUAUAUAGAUCUAAAUGUAGAACCUUUAUUCCAGUUUAAUGUAUACAGCUAAGAUUAAACGCUAAAAAGGGGAGCAUUUGCAAUCUAUGCUCCUGCUAAACUUUACGAAGACAAACAUUUUACUGAAUCCCUAUAAUAAAAAUUAUUUAAAAGUUAGACCUGAAACAACUAAAUUUAACCAAAAUGAAGAAUAUGUAAAUGGAUCAUUUGCGAUUUCACCAUUUUUAAUCUUUACCUCAUAGUUUAUAGAGCAUCAGUAUUUUGUCGAUAUUUAUUUAUUUAUUUAUUUUUACAAAACAUACAUGUAUACUUUGCUAGUCACUGUAGAAUUAUUUGAAAUGUGAUAUAUAUGCUGUGUGUGAUUUUUAAUUUAAAAAAUAACUUUUUGGGGAAUGUUUAAAGAUCUGUGAUACUUUCAUAUGACUGUUAUUUGGCUAUAAAGACAUAAUGUGUUACCGUUAUUUAUUUGUAAUGGCAUUGCGUGACAUAUUUUUGUCGGAAAUGACAUGGCGUGACAAAAAUGUAUCUAUGUAUUUUUAUAAAAAAAAUAUUUUGCACACUAUUUAUUGCUGUUACUUUGCACUGUUAUUUAAGUAUUGCUGUAGGUAUUUUUUCACUGCCAGUGUUAAUGGUAAUUUCAAUUGUAGGGGAAAGCUUCUGCUUGUUAUUGUGCCAUUGUUUGAUUAAAAAAGUAUUUGAAUUUGCA